AUGUCGGGACACGCUACUAUUGAUUAUCAACAGCUCAGCAACACCGAAGCCUAUGCACUUCUCCAACAGUGUCAACAUGGUCUUGCUCAGUAUGCAACGGAUUUACAAGAGAUAGAAGCGGAAGCUGAAAGGGCGAGAAGAAUGUUUGAACGAGAUCUUGCUGCUGCCCGGGCCCAACAGACUGCUGUCCAAGCUGUUGCCCCUGAGGGAGCACCUGUCGAGGACAAUGCUCCACCUGCACCCCCAAUACCACUUACUACAGAUACUACCUAUCGGUCAGAAAAGCUUCCGGAUCCUGAGCUAUUGGGAAAUGCCGAUCGCUAUCCCACCCUACAGUCGAAAUUAUCCUAUGCAUUCAGUAGAUUGGAAGGCGUUUCUGCCAAUCAGUUCUUACAGUAUGUCGGGGAAGGAGAGAUUACCUUGCCCUCUAUGGUACGGUUUUAUGAGGUUUUGGACACUGCUUUUGGGGACCCCGAUCGGAUGCGCACGGCUAGGAGGAAUCUCCGGAACAUCCGUCAACGAAAUCGAACGUUCGCCGACUAUUUCGCUGAGUUUCAACGAUAUGCUGCUGAGUCGGGUAUGGAUUAA